AUGGAUUUGCUAGAAAACAUUAAGAAGAAUCUUAUAGGCUCUUUUGACAUUGAUGUACGGUCUUCACUAAGAUUGGUAGUUAUCGUUGGUGGUUAUAUUCUAAUCAGAAACCACGUUCAGAAGAUUAUAGCGAACAGGGAACUCAAAAGAAAACUCAAAGAAGAUGAAGACUCGCUCUCUACGGACAGGAUGAACAGCUUAGUUGAAGACCCAGACAAGGAAUCAGAAUCUACGACUACUGCGUUCGGCUGGGGCGAGACCACUAGAAUGAAAGUGAAGAAACAGGAGAAGCUCUUGGAAGAAAAGCUCCAAACGUUGAGAAAACGUCAAGGAAACAUUGAUGACGACGAUGAUAAGGAUAUUGAGGAUUUAUUAGAGGAUUGA